AUGUCGAAAUCUCAGCCACUCUGUAGUGUCAUCUCCGCCGUUUUCUUUCACGGCGUAAUUGCGACUCUAAUCUCCAAGUUCAGCUUAUCCGACUUCGUCGGUCAGGACAGCCUCCGGAUCUCAAGAAGUACAUGGAUAAUAAACUCCAAAUUCAUGAAUCAUGUUGUCGAUAACACUGUGGAGGUGAACGGUAACAAUAAAACAGACAUUGGAAUGGUGAGAUGGCACUCGACUCAAAUGCUCUAUUGUUGA